CAGAUGUGCCCGCCGGGCCCUAAGCCCUUCCCUGCAUAUUGAUACCGGAAACACUGCCCUAAAACCGUAGAAAACUGUUUGGGGGUACAAAAGCAAACAUGCAAUCCCCGAAUUAAGUUCAAUCCCCUCAUCCAUUCCCCAUUUCUCCAUCUUCGCUUCAAAAAUUCUUUUUGCUAGGUGGGGAGGGACUGUUUUUUGAGUUAAACUAACUAAGGUUUGAUUUUACUGAAUUAUCCAUUACAGGAUGAAAGGAAUUAAUUCGAACCCCUUUGUUACAAUUGUGCUGCACUUAUAUCCGUCUGAGGAUGAGAACGAACGAGCCUACAAUCAUCUCAAAAGACGGGUUUUUUCGGCGGCUUCACUCUUACCUUUGGGAUGAUGGUAAUAUGGGCAGACUGGGCUUUUUAUAUUAUCUCAGAAGAGCAACCGGUUGACUGUUGAGUUGUUCCGGCAAUCCUGUCUGUGUAUACUCAACCAUCAAGACGGGACCGUCCGAUCUGGCAAAAAGGCCUGGCUCGGAAUGGGGUUAGGAUUCUGGCGUCGGGAGGGACGGCCGCCCCGAUAAAGGGUGCGAGAAUGUCUGUCGAGCAGGUUGCUCCUGUGUAUCAGAUGCUUGAACUUGUCUGACAGUCGAGCUUGCUCGCAGAUGCUAUACGGCCGUAGUGGUAUUGGUAUUGGUAGCAUAAGGAAAGCCCCCGAGACCGGUCAACACGCUUCGCCCCGCUGCGGACGCGAACAUUCUCCGUCUAUCCCGCAAUCGGGGAACAUGCAGCACUCUGAGUGCUUCACUAACGCAAUAGGUGCCCUGCCCGGGACCUCGAACCCGAUGAAAGGGAUCUCACCGCAUAGAAUAUCGGCAAGGCCAAUUACGCGGUCUGCAAUUUCUAUCCCUUCAAGGACGCCGUUACAGAAAUCCAUGCCGCCUCAAGAGAACCAUAGGCUAGGCUCUAAGAGCUUGCAUACCGCUAACUAUGGCCCAGCCAUCCCUUUUUACCUGCUUUCAUGCGAUGGUUUCUGUCCACCUCUUGGCUCCAAAAGGUAUAAAUGGUGGUUUAUCAUCAACUAGGGGGAGCUCAAACUUGUUGAUUGGCUAUUUCAUUGUUCUGUGAGUGAGCAUAUUCCCUUGAUGGAUGGUAUUUGAACUAAUGGGAGUAAUAUUCCUGCCCAUCACAGCGCUAGAAGUGAGUGAAAUUCGAUACGGAUCAAGGGAUUGCUGAGUUAUUCUGGCGCUAUGCAGGUGGUGGUCAACAGCAGCUCAGUCUCCGCUAUGGGCAAAGCCCGCAUCAAAAUCCUGCACAGGCCUUUGUAAAGUCCGGGGAGCUCCCCACCAGGGGUUUUUUUUUGCUUCGCCCGGCUGCACGGGCUUUCUAGACACGUUGAAUUCGUGGCCACAGGCAAAAGAGCUCAAAAGGUCGCUCGGGUUUCCAGCUGCUGCUCCGUUCAAGCAUGUUGCUCCUACGUGCGGUGCCGUGGAAAAGACGGUGUGCUUCGUGGGCGAUGUCAAAGGGCUCGAUAAAGGUCCUCAGGCAUGCGCGUACACAAGAGCCGGAAGGGCCGAGGGAAUGAAUAGCUUCGGGGACCGGAUCGCGCCAAACGAUAUCGUGGAUGUAGCCACAGCUAGGGUCAUGAGCGGAGAAGCGCCAGACGGUCUUAUCGCACCCUCGUAUACCUCCAGGGCAUUCGAUAUUCUUAAAAAGAAAGGAGGCACGUAUACGGUGUAG